GGUCGUAGAGCUGUUAAGGCAGGACAUUAUGCUUCUUGUCAGGAAGCAAAAGAAGAAAUCAAGAGACAUUCUGAGAAUGUUUCUCAGCGGCCCCUUCACGUGGAGGUUCUGCAUGCUGAUGUCAUGGCUCACCAGAAGUUUGCCUUGCGCCUGGGUUCUUGGCUCAACAAACUCAUGAGCUAUUCAAGUGACUUUCGCCAGAUUUUUUGUCAGAUAUGUCUGAAAGAAGCAGCUGGAUCUGAGAGGCCGUGCUUCAUAAGCAGGUUGAUGCUGUGGGAUGCAAAACUUCAUAAAGGGGCAAGGAAGGUUCUUCAUGAACUUAUCUUCAGUAGUUUUUUCAUGGAAAUUGAAUACAAAAAACUUUUUGCUGUGGAAUUUGUGAAGUAUUACAAGACAUUGCAAAAAGAAUACAUCAGUGAUGAUCAUGACAGAGUUCUCUCUGUGACAGCACUCUCGGUUCAGAUGUUCACUGUACCUACUCUGGCACGACAUCUUAUUGAAGAGCAGAAUGUAAUCACCACUAUUACUGAGACACUUCUGGAAGUGCUUCCAGAAUACCUAGAUAAAAAUGACAAGUUCAACUUCCAGGGUUACAGUCAGGACAAACUGAACCGGGUUUAUGCAAUAAUAUUUGACCUCAGGUAUGUCUUGGUCAGCAAGCCUACACUGUGGACAGACCAUCUGAGGGAGCGCUUUUUAGAAGGAUUUGUUUCUUUCCUAAGGAUUCUAACUUGCAUGCAGGGAAUGGAGGAGAUAAAAAGACAGAUUGGUCAACACAUUGAGGUGGACCCUGACUGGGAAGCAGCUAUUGCUAUACAGAUGCAGCUCAAAAACAUUCUCUUGAUGUUCCAAGAGUGGUGUGCCUGUGAUGAGGAGGUGUUGCUCAGGGCCUACAGGGAGUGCCACAGAGCUGUGAUGAGGUGCAGCACCAACGGCCGCUCCCGGGAGAAGACAGUCCUUCACCUGUGUGGCCAUACUCUGGAGAGCAGACCUUACAGGGUGUCUGCAGAUCCCGUCAGCAUACACUUACCCCUCUCCAGGACACUUGCUGGUCUUCAUGUACGGUUAAGCAAGACUGGAGCCAUCUCAAGAUUGCAUGAGUUUGUUUCUCCUGAAGAAUUGCAAGUGGAGCUGCUGGUGGAGUAUCCUUUGCGAUGUCUUGUCUUGGUCGCUCAGGUUGCUGCAGAGAUGUGGAGGAGGAAUGGGCUCUCCCUGAUAAGCCAGGUAUUCUAUUAUCAAGAUGUUAAAUGCAGAGAAGAGAUGUAUGAUAAAGACAUCAUCAUGCUCCAGAUAGGUGCAUCUCUUAUGGAUCCAAACCAGUUUCUCCUGCUGGUACUGCAGAGAUAUGAGCUUGUUGAUGCUUUCAAAAAGAUCAAGCCCAGCAAAGAUCCAGACUUAAUCAAACAAUAUAACGUGUUAAUAGAAGAGAUGUUACAGGUUCUCAUCUAUGUUGUGGGGGAAAGAUAUGUGCCUGGAGUGAGUAAUGUGACAAAAGAAGAAGUUACCAUGAGAGAAAUCAUCCAUCUGUUAUGUAUUGAACCAAUGGCUCACAGUGCAAUUACCAAGUCCUUGCCUGAAGAUGAGAACAAUGAAACUGGCUUGGAGAAUGUAAUUGAUAAAGUGGCUACAUUUAAGAAACCAGGUGUGUCUGGCCAUGGAGUUUAUGAACUGAAAGAUGAAUGCUUGAAGGAGUUCAAUAUGUUCUUCUAUCACUACACUAAGACCCAGCACAGCAAGGCUGAACAUACACAAAAGAAAAGAAGAAAACAGGAAAACAGAGAUGAAGCAUUGCCACCACCUCCUCCCCCAGACUUCAGUCCUGCAUUCAGCAGCGUGGUGAGGAUUCUGAACUGUGAUGUGAUGAUGCACAUAGUGAGGACCAUUCUUCAGAGAGCGGUCGAGCUGGAAACCCACUUGUGGACUGAAGGGAUGAUCCAAAUGGUGCUUCAUCUCCUUUCUUUAGGGUUACUAGAAGAGAAGCAGCAGUUACAGAAGUCUCCAGAAGAAGAAGUAACCUUUGAUUUUUAUCACAAAGCAACACGAAUGGGAAGCUCGGCCUUGAAUGCUGUGAAUGUGUUAAUGCUUCUGGAGAAAUUAAAGAGAGUUCCUCAGUUAGAGGCACAGAAGGACACAGUCAAUUGGAUUCUGCAGAUGUUUGACACGGUGAAAAGAUUGAGAGAAAAAUCUAGCUUGACAACAGUAACGUCUACAUCAAGCUCAGAAGCUACAAAAGGUGAUGAGAGCACUCAGGACAAAGAGAAGGCUGAGCGGAAGAGGAAGGCCGAAGCGGCUCGCCUGCACCGGCAGAAGAUAAUGGCCCAGAUGUCAGCACUGCAGAGGAACUUCAUUGAAACCCAUAAGCUCCUGUAUGAAAACACAGUGGAGGCACAAGGGCAAGAGGCUGCUAUUAAAGAGGAUGCUAUUAUGGAGGAAGAAAGCAUGUCUUCAGCAAUUGAUUACUCCAAAAUUGCUUUGGGUCCCAAAAGAGGUCCAUCUGUUGCUGAGAAGGAAGUUCUGACCUGUAUUCUGUGUCAGGAGGAGCAGGAAGUAAAGUUGGAAAGUGCUGCCAUGGUAUUAUCAGCCUGUGUCCAGAAAUCAACUGCCUUAACUCAGAACAGGAGCAGAAUUCUUGACCUCUCAGGGG